AUGAGGAAGCUAAAGUUUCAUGAGAAGAAACUGCUAAAAAAGGUUAACUUUUUAGAAUGGAAGAGAGAAGGUGGGCAGAGGGAAAACCUAGUAAUGCAUCGCUAUCACGUUACCGGUAGAGACGAUUACAAAAAGUAUUCACGGUUGUGUAGAACAGUGCAGAGGCUGGUCAGCAUACUUAAACAGAUGGAUGCGCGAGAUCCUUAUCGAAUCGAGAUGACUGAUAACCUUCUUGAAAAACUGUACAACAUUGGUGUUAUUCCAUCUCGUAAAAGUGAGCGCCUCUCUGUAUCAUCCUUUUGUCGACGUAGGCUUGGCUCUGUGUUGGUGAGAUUGAAGUUUGUUGUUCUGCUCUAG